AUGUUCGACCACAAACGUUGGGAAGAGGUCCGGCGAGCCACCGCCGCCGCCAUCACGUUCCGCUGCAACAAGGUGGGUACGCAACCACCUUCUGCAGAACACUACGGGAAACCUUCGACCGGCGAAGGUAAGGGCGACCCCGCGAACCCUUUGACCGCCAAAGGGUGGGACGACGCCACAACGACCCCGGAUGACGAAACCCUAACCGAUAGGGAUGGGGUUCUUACAAAGAGUGGAUCGCCGACCGAGGCGCCACUAAAGACGGAGCUAACCGUAGCUCCAUCAUCAUCAACCGCCGCCCACGAGAAGCUAACCGUAGCUUCGCCAUCAUCGACCGCUGCCGUAGUCAAGGAGGGAGGUUUCCGCAGGCAACUCCGCGAGAUGAACGAGCGCAUCGACGGGCUCGAUCAACAGUUGCGCGAGGAAGCAGCGGAGCGGGGUUAG